GGCCAGACGUUAUAUCUGCUGUCCGCUCGUCACACAGCAGCUCACAUAAAAAGCCGCCCAUUGUCUUCGGCUGCCGCUGUUUGACUCCCCUCCCGUCUGCAGACCCUCGUUCACAUUCGCAGUACAGUGAGGAGCCCGACAGACUCGCAGCCAUGAAUCCCAAAGGGGAAAAGCCGAAGUCGAAGAUUACAGCUUCUCGUAAGCUCUCCCUCAAGAUGCUUCUCCUCACUCGAGCCUGUGAGGAUUUGGAGAGGGAGAGGCAGGAUAGGGAGGAAGAGAAAGUCCGUCAAAUCGCAGAGAAGUUGCCCCCUUUGAAACUUUCCGGAGCGUCCCUGGACGAGCUACAAAAAAUAUGCAAGCAGCUAUAUUCUCAAAUUGAUGUUGUGGAUGAGGAGCGGUACGACUGUGAAUACAAAGUGGGCAAGCACAACAAAGAUAUCCAUGAGCUGAAGUUGAAAGUACAGGACCUCGGAGGCAAGUUCAAAAAGCCUGCCCUGAGGAAGGUGAGGGUGUCAGCCGACGAGAUGAUGAGAGCUCUCCUGGGCUCCAAACACAAGGGCUCCAUGGACCUCAGAGCCAACCUCAAGUCUGUGAAGAAGGAGGACGUCAAAACGGACAAGGUGCUUACGACUGAAGUGGGCGAUUGGCGUAAGAACGUGGAGGCCAUGUCAGGCAUGGAGGGCCGCAAGAAGAUGUUCGACACAGCCGGCGGAACACAGUGAUCAAUUAAAGGCGGGGAAAAGGUCUAGAUAGAAAGUAUCCAAACGCUAAUUGACAUAAUGUAGGAGUCAAGUAUACGCUUGAUGACCAUUUUCUAAACAAAGACUCAAAGUGUAAGACGAGUAAAGACCCCAAGUUUUUAUUACUAAAGAGUUUGCUUUUUGUUGUGUUUUCUUACGACAUCUUUAGACAUUUGAAGUGGAUGAAUAAACAGUUUCAGUCGUU